AGCUGUAUUUGCUCAAUCGACUAAAGGGCACUGCGAUUUACAAGGAUCGACUGGCUGGGCUGCGAGCCGCCCUUUGGAUCGAGAUGAAUGUGAGCAAUGUCCCGAAUCUCCUGGAAUCCAACCGCGAGCUCUCGCCAAGCUGCAAGCCUCCUAAAGGCUACGUGCUCCAGAAAGGCGUGACCAUCAACAUCGUGGCCCCGGUGGAUCCUGACUCCCCUCUCGCGAAGCUCACCCCGGCUGCGCCCACUUCGCCCAACACCACACCCCGCGCGGCGCCCGCGGCGCCGAUGCCGGCGAACGCCAACGCCACGCCGCGGCGCUGGUCCUUCUCGGUGAGUCCGAGCGGCAGUCCGGUGCCAACACCACGUUCGAUGGCUUUAAGCCCCAGUGCUGUGAGCCUUAGCCCUCUCAACAGCCCUGUGCUUCGCAUCGCCGAGCCCCGGCGCAUGUCGGAGCCCACCCUGCUGCGGCAGUUCAUCUCCCGCUCGGCCGACCAGCUCCCGCAGCUCCCGGCCAACACGCCGCGGCUGAGCGAGUUGCGCCCGGGCACCACCGGCGCCACCACCGGCGCGUCCGGUGGCGGGGCCUUUGAGGUUCGAGAUAUGGCUUUGGGCUUUUGGCCCUUCGACCCCAACCUGCCGGCGCUCCGCGCGCCGCUGCUGAGUGCCCUGGGCGCGGACCCAAAGGCCUCGGACGCGCGCUUCGAGGCGAUGCGCGGCUUCCACGGAGGGCUCAAUGAGGGUAUUUGGUUCAUGAAAAGCAGCAGCCAGAACUUGGUGUUGAAGUUGGUGAAGUACGAUAGGUUUGCUCCGCCGCAGUUGAUUGAGGAACGGAUGUUUUCAAAGCUCUACCAGGAGAUCCCUCACAUUGCGGAGGAUCCCAGUGUGGCCUUCCCCACAAAGGUCUUCAGACUGCUUGGUCCCAACAAUGUGCGGCGCCACGAUCUCAUCGUGAUGCGCCGGGCUCCCGGGAAGUCCUUGGAGAUCAUCAUCUCCGAGAAGUGGAGGACCAAUCGCAAGGGCGACAUCAUGAAGAUCUUCUCGCAAGUGGGGGAGUGCUUUGCACGUUUCCACAGGCGGUACGGUGGACGGCAGCACAAUGAUGCCGGAACCCAGAAUGUCCUCUACGACGAGGAGACGCAACAAGUGACCCUGAUCGACUUGGGGGGCAUGGGAAACAAGACGGACAAGACCGACGUGGAGCGCCUGUGUCAGUUGGUGAAGAAGCUCUCUCUUUGUCCGACUUAUGGCCCGGAACUGGCGGCGGCAGCCGAUCACUUCCGUGAAGGCUAUAACCGGGCACUCCAAACAGCUCAUACUCUCUGAAGCGCUCCCCCUCAGACGAGGCGGGCUCGCCGCUCUGGAGUAGACGACGACGACGCGAGACGACGACAAGACACGUCGUCUCCUGUAGGACAGACUCUCCAUGACUUGACUGAACGGCAAAAGGAUACCGAUAUGGGGUGGUGG